AUGAAUUUGGUGCUAGCGGUUUUUGCAAUCCUAUUGGUAAGCUUUCUUUGAACUUUUCAUAAAUCUGGUGAAAUUCUGGCUUCUCAUAAUGUUUUUCAAAAGAAGAACCAGAAAAAUAAAUUCAUUUUACAGCAAGCCGCUCAAGGUGAAAUUGACAACGCAAUUGUCGGAGAUCCUUCAGUCGAGUGUGGUGAUGACUUUUUUGAAGUAUUUUUUAAAUAUUCCUCAAGAAUCCAAGAACGAUAUGAUUUAUAGGUGAAAUUCGACACGAGGACAACGUUCCAUGGCAUCGCAUUUGUGCAGAACCACCUCGACAAUCCGGAUUGUCGCACUUUUGUCAGAAAAGAUGAAUCUGCGAAGAACAGCAGUCUAAGGCUGACAUUCGAUCAGUGCGCCAUCGAAAAACGACUUUCGGUGAGUGAGUUUCCGGUUCUCUGUUGA